AUGCCUCCAGCCCAACCGCCAAGCCUUACCUUGAGGCACUUGGACAUGCUUGGUGGGUUGUCCAGCGAUUUGGCGGUGAUGAGCAAUUUGAAGGCAGAGACUUUCGAAGACUGUUCGUCGCCGAAAUACCCCGCGGACGAAACGUCGGAGUCGCCGAUUCACGGUGCUCUCCAGAGCAAUGGGACCGACUCGCCGCUCGAGUUGCGCACGCGCACGUCGGGGCGCACCUCGACGCGCACCUCGACCGGGAGCGUCAUCAGCCAGAACAUGUUUUCAGACUUCAUCCGUGCCGAGCCUUCCAGCGGGGAGGCCAUGUUCCGCGGGCAGCCUGUGCGGAGGAGCCUGUACCUGGCGCUCGAGAGCAACGCCGUGAAGCUGCUCGUCGGCCUCGCCACCGCUGCCAGCUUCUGGGGCGUGAUCGUAGACACCGACGCGCGCGCGGCGGGCGACCCGUUGCCGGGCUGGCUAGUGACCAUGGAGUACAUCCUCUUCUCGGUCUUCUUCUUGGAGUUGUGCGUCCGCUUCUAUGUCGAGAGGCUGGGAGCGCUGAACAACCUGUACACCGUCGCCGACAUCGUCGUCGUGUGCACAAGCGUGGCCGAGUACAUCCUCAACUUUUGCGGAUUGAAUGUGGGGCUGUCGAACGUGAGAGCGUUAAGGUUGGUCAGGAUGAUGAAACUCGUCCGGGUCGUCUACAGGGUGCCGUUCUUCGUCGAGCUCCGGAAAUUGAUGUACAUGAUCAGUUGUUGCAUGAAGACUUUAUUCGAUCGGCGGAUUCUGGUCUUUCCUGGUGCUCGGCGUCGUCAUGACCGCGUGGUCCAUUGUGGCCGUUGA